GCUGCAGGCUCGCAUCGCUCACAGAAUCCAGGAGCUGGAAAACCUUCCUGGCUCCCUGGCUGGUGACCUGAGAACCAAAGCUACCAUUGAACUUAAAGCACUAAGGCUGCUUAAUUUUCAGCGACAGCUGCGUCAGGAGGUCGUGGUGUGCAUGAGGCGAGACACGGCCUUGGAAACGGCCCUGAACGCCAAGGCGUACAAGCGCAGCAAGCGGCAGUCCCUGCGCGAGGCUCGCAUCACCGAGAAGCUGGAGAAGGAAUACCUCAAUAGCAUUCUCCAGCACGCUAAAGAUUUCAAGGAAUACCAUCGCUCCGUCACAGGCAAAAUUCAAAAGCUGACCAAGGCGGUGGCUACUUACCACGCCAACACGGAGCGCGAGCAGAAGAAGGAAAACGAGAGGAUCGAGAAGGAGAGAAUGCGCCGUUUGAUGGCUGAAGAUGAGGAGGGGUACCGCAAGCUCAUCGAUCAGAAGAAGGACAAGCGCUUGGCCUACCUGCUGCAGCAGACGGACGAGUACGUAGCCAACCUGACGGAGCUGGUGCGGCAGCACAAAGCCGCGCAGGUGGCCAAGGAGAAGAAGAAGAAAAAGAAAAAGAAGAAGGCAGAGAACGCGGAAGGGCAGACUCCGGCGAUCGGACCAGAUGGCGAACCGCUGGACGAGACGAGCCAGAUGAGCGACCUCCCUGUCAAAGUGAUCCACGUGGAGAGCG